AAAAUAGUUCGAUUAACAAGUAGAACGAUUGAAAUGCCAAAACGUAGCCUGCUUCUAAAGAUGCGGCGUCUAAUGAAAUGAGUCCGCUCCCAUCGAAUCAGCGUGACAUCGCGUGUUGCCCAUGGGCGUUAAUUUUCACCGUCUAGUACCUGGCACAUGGAUCAGUUGGGUUCUUGGAGUGACGGCAUGAGGUCCGCGAUUUCGGUGCUUCUUUGGCUUGGAGCCUUCGCCGGGGCUCAGGGCAAUCGCACCCACCUGGUGGAGACUUCCGACUCCUUCGAGAGUCGCAUUUUGUCGCGGCGGGUGCGGGGAUUGGUCUUUCCGGACAAGGCUUCCAUUCUGCUGACCGCCGCCUUGACCAAAAUCAUCGUGGGCGGACGACCUAGUGGCCUGCAGUACAGUCUGGAGUUUGACAUCUACGUUCCACUUCCCGACACCGUUGAGGGAUGGCAGCCCAAGAUUCUAAAGAGGCUAAAACCCAAAUACAAGCCCAUGCCAAAACGACGCUUGGACUGGUCUUAUUACAAACGACCUUUAAGCUUCUAUUCAAACUAUUCUUCACCUUAUAAAAAUGCUUAUUACGCUAGGCCCUCAAGCAAAAGCGAAUAUUUCUACCAAACGAAAUCAAGUCCUGCCUUUAAUAGGGAUUUAUUUUACCAAACUCCCUGGCAUUUAUCAUCGCCCAUUAAAAGCAAGAAUUACUAUGAACCCAGGGAAGAGAUCUAUAAAUCAAGUACCGCAUUAAAUAGGGAUUCUUUCUACCAACAUCCCUGGAGCUUAUCAUCGAUUACCAAUCGUAGAAGUUCCUAUCAACCCGAUGAAGAGGUCUACGAGUCCUGGACUCAAGUGCCCAGUUGGAAGUUAAAUCGUGGAUAUAGAGAGCGUAGAGAAAUUUUCGAUCAGUUCGAGGCCAUGGGAAGAGUUUUCCAGUUGGAUCUUAGGUCGUGCAUCAAGAGAGCCAUGUGCGAACUUAGAGCCAAGUUCAGUGCAGGCCGUGAUCAGGGUUUCCUAAUGGAGGAUCUUAUGCGGAUUGUGCUGACAGUGCCCGAGGAGAUAGGCGACGACAAGUACAGACAUCGCAUGGAUGUCAAGGAUUGUGCCCGUUUCUACUCGCCAAGUUGUCCCUACAAUGUUUUAGAUUUCCUCACCCAGAGUGGCAAAAAAAUGUGAACUUAGUAAG